UACAGAGAUUUUGCUAACCCAUUCUGAAUUUUUGAAUAUUUCAAUAAGACAAAUUUUGAAAAAUUCAGAAUUCCAGUAUUUUUUCUUAUUCAUAUUUUGUUUUUUUAAUUUCUUCAGAAAGAGAUAAGAAUAGGUUUGGUGAAUCGGAAACAAUUUGAUUUUAUAGAAAAAUUGAACUAAAAAUUUCAACUAAAAAUUGCUAUUUCUUUUCUUAUGGAACAUAUAUAUCAAUAUGCUUGGGUAAUCCCUCUUCUCCCACUUCCGGUUAUUAUGUCAAUGGGGUUUGGACUUUUUCUUAUUCCGACAGCAACCAAAAAUCUUCGUCGCAGAUGGGCUUUUCCUAGUGUUUUACUCUUAAGUAUAGCUAUGGUAUUCUCAAUUCACCUGUCUAUUUAACAAAUAAAUGGAAGUUCUAUCUAUCAAUAUCUAUGGUCUUGGACCAUCAAUAAUGAUUUUUCCUUAGAAUUUGGAUACUUGAUCGAACCCCUUACUUCUAUUAUGUUAAUACUAAUUACUACUGUAGGAAUCUUGGUUCUUAUUUAUAGUGGCGAUUAUAUGUCUCACGAUGAAGGAUAUUUGAGAUUUUUUGUUUAUAUAAGUUUUUUCAAUACUUCUAUGUUGGGAUUGGUUACUAGUUCCAGUUUGAUACAAAUUUUUUUUUAAGAACUUGUGGGAAUGUGUUCCUAUUUAUUGAUAGGCUUUUGGUUUACAUGGCCGAUUGCAGCAAGUGCUUGUCAAAAAGCUUUUGUAACUAAUUGUGUAGGGGAUUUUGGUCUGUUAUUAGGAAUUUUAGGUUUUUUUUGGAUAACAGGUAGUUUAGAGUUUCGGGAUUUGUUCAAAAUAGCUAAUAACUGGAUUCCUAAUAAUGGGAUUAAUUCCUUACUUACUACUUUGUGUGCUUUUUUAUUAUUUCUUGGUGCAAUUGCAAAAUCUGCACAAUUCCCUCUUCACGUAUGGUUACCCGAUGCUAUGGAAGGACCCACUCCCAUUUCGGCUCUUAUACACGCAGCAACUAUGGUUGCUGCGGGGAUUUUUCUUCUAGCUCGACUUCUUCCUCUUUUCAUAUCCAUACCUUUGAUAAUGAGUUCCAUUUCUUUAGUAGGUACAAUAACACUCUUCUUAGGAGCUACUUUAGCUCUUGCUCAGAGAGAUAUUAAAAGAAGCUUAGCUUAUUCUACAAUGUCUCAAUUGAGUUAUAUGAUGUUAGCUCUAGGUAUAGGUUCUUAUCAAGCUGCUUUAUUCCAUUUGAUCACUCAUGCUUAUUCGAAAGCUUUAUUGUUCUUGGGAUCCGGAUCCGUUAUUCAUUCAAUAGAACCUCUUGUUGGAUAUUCACCAGAUAAAAUUCAGAAUAUGGUUCUUAUGGGUGGUUUAAGAAAAUACGUUCCAAUUACAAGAACUACCUUUUUAUGGGGUACACUUUCUCUUUGUGGUAUUCCACCUCUUGCUUGCUCCUGGUCUAAAGAUGAAAUCCUUAGUAAUAGUUGGUUGUAUUCACCCUUUUUUGGAAUAAUAGCCUAUUUAACUGCAGGAUUAACUGCAUUUUAUAUGUUUUGGAUAUAUUUACUUACUUUUGAUGGGUAUUUGCAUGUUCAUUUUCAAAAUUACAGUAGUACUAAACAAGGUUCGUUGUAUUCAAUAUCCUUAUGGGGAAAAAGCAUACCCAAAGGAGUCAAUAGGGAUUUUGUUUUAUCAACAAUGAAGAGUGGAGUUUCUUUUUUUUUCACAAAAUAUACCGUAAAUUCUUCGUAAUACAAGAAAUAGGAUAGGAUCCUUUAGUACUCCCUUU